AUGGGUAUGCUCUUUUACCAUUCCACUUUCUUGCUCCCCGACAACGGCCGAUUUCGCAAUGCAACAGACUUGGACGAUGGUAACGAAUCAAGAAAAGACGGGCAUGUUUGUUCUUCGGUGCCUAUUCGUGCAGGCAUGACCGUUGGCUGUUUGUACCUUGUCUACGAUGAUUUCAGCCCUGCCAAGCCCCCCGACAAGGCCGUGCCUGCAAUGCAGGCCGUUCUUCGGCGCACUCUUCGUACCCUAACAAGAAUCAGGAAGCCCUUGCCUGUCCUAGUCUUCAUCGCCAUGGCCGCUGUCGCAAAGUUCUUCUUCUCCCGGGCACCCAGCAUCCCCUCCCUUCUCGAAAUAUCGCUCGAGGACAUCAAAAUUGGUCUGGAACAGGGGACCUUCACUGCUACCGAUCUAGUCAAUGCCUACAUUCAACGGGCAAAAGAGGUCGACCAUGUGUACCGGUCGGUUCUGGAAUUCAACCCAGAUGCCCUCUCCAUCGCGAGGGAUCUUGAUGAGAAAGCACGAGCAUCAGGCGGUAAAGGGCCUCUUCACGGUGUACCCAUUUUGCUCAAAGACAAUAUCGUGACUCUGGACUCUAUGGAGGCAACAGCCGGCUCGUACGCGUUGAAAGGCGCCAAGCCCGGCCACGAGCUACAGUAG